UGAAAAUGAAGAGCACAAUCUUUGCACUGAUUGCAAUUUUGUUCAUUGCCUCUAGCACUGUCGCUGUACAAGCUAGAUCUACUGGAGUAAGAACUUCUCUCAAAGCUCAGCCAACUGUUCAAGAGCUUAUUGACUCAUUCUUGGAUGGAUUUGAUGUGAACUCCUUAGUUAAAAACUCGACUGAGUGUAUCCACAAAACUGAAAAAGGAACUGUCGAUGUGUCAGAAGCUAUCAACCAUAUCAUCACCAGAGGGUGGACUUGGGAAAACUAUGUUGAUCUACUCGGUUCUAUGGGAAAUGUGACUCCUGUCACUAGAACCUGCUUUGAUGUUGUAGUAGGAGCUAGAGAACAAAUCACCAACUUCUUCGGAGAAUUUGACGGAUUUAUCGAUUUCGCUAACCAAGUUAAAGAUGCUGCUAUUGCUAAUGCUUGGGAAUGGUACACUGUUUCCUCUGCUAUUGUAUCUGCUAUCCAAAACAACAGACCAAAGGAGGUUGCCUUCCAAGCUGGUAAAGCUUUGGCUCUCUUGUUCAAGUUCAAUCCUAAACUUUCUGCUGAAGAACUUGAAGCUAUUAGAGUAUCUAUUCCAAGCCUCAAACCAUUAGAAGAAUUUGUCAGAGGCUUCGUUGAAGGAUCAACUGUCUUCGACUCUGAGCAUAUUAAAACAUGCAUGGCCGAGUCUCAAUUUAUCGUAGCCUCAGUAGAAGAUGCCAACAGAGAAUUCUCUAGAGGAACCGAUGAAGGAUUCAGAAAUGGAGUUUUCGAAAUUGCUGACAUUUUUGAAAAGCUUAAGCCAAUCAAUGUUGGGUGCUUCAAUGGUUUUAAUGACGUGGUAAGAAUUGUAACUAACAUGUACAACACCUUCAACUCCCCUAUUGAUAUCGUCAUUAACGCUGCCAGAAACGGCGUAAACAUUUCUACUGCUGCUCUUGGACUCUACCAAGGAUUCAGAAAUGGAAACUGGAAUGUUGUUGGAAGAGAGAGUGGAAGAAUCUUCUUCUAUAUUUUCAAAACUGGCUAAACAGACACAGUC